AUGCCCGACUCGAUAAAAGUCCCUGAGCAUUUAGCAGAGGAAGUCUGCCAUUCAAAUGCUUGUCAAGGAACUACCCGUCCUGAUAGGCAUGCUAUUCUGCCUUUAACUCCCCCGGCGUCAAGUGAACGUUGUCGAACAUCAGGCGUCGUUGCGCUGGAAGGAGCUCUAGGAAUUUUCAAGGAGCUCCAAAAUUAUCGUGUCCCAGCUCCUUACAACGGAGAAGAGAUAACAAUUGAGCUGCGGCAUGAUCAAUAUGUACAACUACUCGGGGAGCUUGAAUCUGAUCAAGCACUCAAUAAGUUCGCGAGGGACAAAGUGCGGUGGGACUACGAUCCAGAUAGAUCCCUUCUUCAUUUCCGCAUGCCAACUCCUGUGCACGACUUUUUCGCCGUGUCGAUCGCGAACGAGAUACAUAAGUAG